AUGCUUACUCCUGCCUAUAUCAGCGAUGAAUCUGUCGAUGACAGUGUCGACAUGCGACCACUUAUGAUGUCGCGUUUCUUGGACGACAACCGGGAGCGCAAUGCGAAAGUGGCUGCGCAGGGCCAGGAAUUGGCCGACAAGAAAGGCUUCACGGUAGCUCAGCUUGCUCUGUCCUGGCUACUAAAGCAGGAAGAUGACAUUUUCGUUAUCCCAGGUGUGAAGAGGCUCCGAUACAUGGAGGAGAACCGUGGUGCUGUUGAUGUCACUCUGACUGAUGAAGAGGAAGCCGAGAUCAGGUGGCAGUGUUCCUGCGCAGUUUGCUUCGUAUCUGUACCAGGACUCGAAGGAGUUUGA